AUGGACCCACACAAACACCACACUCGCGCGGAGCCGAGAACCCACCGCCACGUGUCAUCGUCGCCAUCGUCGAAGCCGCACGGCCAGGACCUGUGGAUCUUUGCCUACCCAGAGAUGCAGUCCAUGGCCGACGGCGUGCGCCAGGCCCUCGACCUCGCCGACGAUAACGAGGAAGGGCCGCUGGUGGUGGCCAGGAGGGGAGACAUCAAGUGGGGCCGAUUCCCAGACUCGUUUCCCAACCUGUUCAUCGACAAGCCCCAUCAGACCGUGCGCGGGAAGCAUCUCGUCUUCUUCGCCUCCUUCUUCCAUCCCGAGAGCAUGUUCGCCCAGCUGUCAGGCACCAUGGAGAGAGUUGACGAAGAGGGACAGAUCGCCACGGCCAUGUCGCUCGCCCGGCUGUUGUCGUCCAUCCCACCGCUUGGAGAGGGUCCCGCCAAGGUGUUGAUCUACGACAUUCACGCCCUCGGGGAACGCUUCUACUUUGGGGACAACAUCAUCCCCAUGUUCGAAACAGCCAUCCCGCUGAUCAUCGACAAGAUCAAGACUGCCCACCGAGACGAGAACGUGGCGAUUGCAUUCCCGGACGAGGGAGCGAUCAAACGAUUCGGCGGUCAAUUCCACGAGUUCGACACCAUCCUCUGCUCCAAGGUGAGAGGGGAGGGCAACAAACGGAUCGUCACCGUCAAGGAAGGCGACGCCGCUGGCCGCCACGUGUUCAUCAUCGACGACCUCGUGCAGACCGGCGGAACACUCAUUGAGUGCAAGAACGCACUGAUCAAGCAGGGCGCCAAGGACGUGUCGGCCUAUGUGACUCACGCCAUCUUCCCUGGCGACAGCUGGAAGCGCUUCACUGACCCGACCGACGAGAAGCCCUUCAAAAACUUCUACAUCACCGACUCGUGCCCCUCCGUCGCCGCGACGCUGCAGGACACCAAACCCUUCGCCGUGCUGCCGCUGGCCGAGCCCAUCUCCGCCUUCCUCCGCGAGAUCGCCUGA